CGGAAGACAAUGUCGAAUUUUUCUUUUUUUCCAUCACCCCCCUAUAGUGAUGAUCUACGUUCACCCAGUCCAAAUUCUACGAGAGAUGGCUUUUGUCCUGAACAGAAUAUUCCACUGACAUCGUUGUAUUUGCCCCAUUUCCAAUCGGUCAAUAAUGCUGUGAAAAGUUGUAACAAGAUUCCGAAACCAAGUUGGAUUAAACCCGUUUGCAAAUCGACCGUCACUGCAAAGUCAUCGAGAAAAUCAAGCCGAAAGAGGAAACUGAUUCCCCCGGUGCUACGACGGAAACGUCGACUGGCAGCGAACGCUCGAGAACGGAAGCGAAUGCACGCGUUGAAUGAAGCCUUCGAUCGAUUGCGACGCUAUCUGCCGACGAUCGGAAACGAUCGGCAGCUAUCGAAACACGAAACGCUGCAAAUGGCGCAAAGCUACAUAACUGCCCUCUGCGAGCUGCUGAAAUGACCCCACGGUGGGAGUUGAAUAGGAUGAGUGUACCAU